AUGGCCUGUAACAUGGGAGAAUGCGGGGACAGGAUGGACUGGCACUGCUGCCAUGCCACAUGGGAGAAUGCGGGGACAGGAUGGACUGGCACUGCUGCCAUGCCACAUGGGAGAAUGCGGGGACAGGAUGGACUGGCACUGCUGCCAUGCCACAUGGGAGAAUGCGGGGACAGGAUGGACUGGCACUGCUGCCAUGCCACAUGGGAGAAUGCGGGGACAGGAUGGACUGGCACUGCUGCCAUGCCACAUGGGAGAAUGCGGGGACAGGAUGGACUGGCACUGCUGCCAUGCCACAUGGGAGAAUGCGGGGACAGGAUGGACUGGCACUGCUGCCAUGCCACAUGGGAGAAUGCGGGGACAGGAUGGACUGGCACUGCUGCCAUGCCACAUGGGAGAAUGCGGGGACAGGAUGGACUGGCACUGCUGCCAUGCCACAUGGGAGAAUGCGGGGACAGGAUGGACUGGCACUGCUGCCAUGCCACAUGGGAGAAUGCGGGGACAGGAUGGACUGGCACUGCUGCCAUGCCACAUGGGAGAAUGCGGGGACAGGAUGGACUGGCACUGCUGCCAUGCCACAUGGGAGAAUGCGGGGACAGGAUGGACUGGCACUGCUGCCAUGCCACAUGGGAGAAUGCGGGGACAGGAUGGACUGGCACUGCUGCCAUGCCACAUGGGAGAAUGCGGGGACAGGAUGGACUGGCACUGCUGCCAUGCCACAUGGGAGAAUGCGGGGACAGGAUGGACUGGCACUGCUGCCAUGCCACAUGGGAGAAUGCGGGGACAGGAUGGACUGGCACUGCUGCCAUGCCACAUGGGAGAAUGCGGGGACAGGAUGGACUGGCACUGCUGCCAUGCCACAUGGGAGAAUGCGGGGACAGGAUGGACUGGCACUGCUGCCAUGCCACAUGGGAGAAUGCGGGGACAGGAUGGACUGGCACUGCUGCCAUGCCACAUGGGAGAAUGCGGGGACAGGAUGGACUGGCACUGCUGCCAUGCCACAUGGGAGAAUGCGGGGACAGGAUGGACUGGCACUGCUGCCAUGCCACAUGGGAGAAUGCGGGGACAGGAUGGACUGGCACUGCUGCCAUGCCACAUGGGAGAAUGCGGGGACAGGAUGGACUGGCACUGCUGCCAUGCCACAUGGGAGAAUGCGGGGACAGGAUGGACUGGCACUGCUGCCAUGCCACAUGGGAGAAUGCGGGGACAGGAUGGACUGGCACUGCUGCCAUGCCACAUGGGAGAAUGCGGGGACAGGAUGGACUGGCACUGCUGCCAUGCCACAUGGGAGAAUGCGGGGACAGGAUGGACUGGCACUGCUGCCAUGCCACAUGGGAGAAUGCGGGGACAGGAUGGACUGGCACUGCUGCCAUGCCACAUGGGAGAAUGCGGGGACAGGAUGGACUGGCACUGCUGCCAUGCCACAUGGGAGAAUGCGGGGACAGGAUGGACUGGCACUGCUGCCAUGCCACAUGGGAGAAUGCGGGGACAGGAUGGACUGGCACUGCUGCCAUGCCACAUGGGAGAAUGCGGGGACAGGAUGGACUGGCACUGCUGCCAUGCCACAUGGGAGAAUGCGGGGACAGGAUGGACUGGCACUGCUGCCAUGCCACAUGGGAGAAUGCGGGGACAGGAUGGACUGGCACUGCUGCCAUGCCACAUGGGAGAAUGCGGGGACAGGAUGGACUGGCACUGCUGCCAUGCCACAUGGGAGAAUGCGGGGACAGGAUGGACUGGCACUGCUGCCAUGCCACAUGGGAGAAUGCGGGGACAGGAUGGACUGGCACUGCUGCCAUGCCACAUGGGAGAAUGCGGGGACAGGAUGGACUGGCACUGCUGCCAUGCCACAUGGGAGAAUGCGGGGACAGGAUGGACUGGCACUGCUGCCAUGCCACAUGGGAGAAUGCGGGGACAGGAUGGACUGGCACUGCUGCCAUGCCACAUGGGAGAAUGCGGGGACAGGAUGGACUGGCACUGCUGCCAUGCCACAUGGGAGAAUGCGGGGACAGGAUGGACUGGCACUGCUGCCAUGCCACAUGGGAGAAUGCGGGGACAGGAUGGACUGGCACUGCUGCCAUGCCACAUGGGAGAAUGCGGGGACAGGAUGGACUGGCACUGCUGCCAUGCCACAUGGGAGAAUGCGGGGACAGGAUGGACUGGCACUGCUGCCAUGCCACAUGGGAGAAUGCGGGGACAGGAUGGACUGGCACUGCUGCCAUGCCACAUGGGAGAAUGCGGGGACAGGAUGGACUGGCACUGCUGCCAUGCCACAUGGGAGAAUGCGGGGACAGGAUGGACUGGCACUGCUGCCAUGCCACAUGGGAGAAUGCGGGGACAGGAUGGACUGGCACUGCUGCCAUGCCACAUGGGAGAAUGCGGGGACAGGAUGGACUGGCACUGCUGCCAUGCCACAUGGGAGAAUGCGGGGACAGGAUGGACUGGCACUGCUGCCAUGCCACAUGGGAGAAUGCGGGGACAGGAUGGACUGGCACUGCUGCCAUGCCACAUGGGAGAAUGCGGGGACAGGAUGGACUGGCACUGCUGCCAUGCCACAUGGGAGAAUGCGGGGACAGGAUGGACUGGCACUGCUGCCAUGCCACAUGGGAGAAUGCGGGGACAGGAUGGACUGGCACUGCUGCCAUGCCACAUGGGAGAAUGCGGGGACAGGAUGGACUGGCACUGCUGCCAUGCCACAUGGGAGAAUGCGGGGACAGGAUGGACUGGCACUGCUGCCAUGCCACAUGGGAGAAUGCGGGGACAGGAUGGACUGGCACUGCUGCCAUGCCACAUGGGAGAAUGCGGGGACAGGAUGGACUGGCACUGCUGCCAUGCCACAUGGGAGAAUGCGGGGACAGGAUGGACUGGCACUGCUGCCAUGCCACAUGGGAGAAUGCGGGGACAGGAUGGACUGGCACUGCUGCCAUGCCACAUGGGAGAAUGCGGGGACAGGAUGGACUGGCACUGCUGCCAUGCCACAUGGGAGAAUGCGGGGACAGGAUGGACUGGCACUGCUGCCAUGCCACAUGGGAGAAUGCGGGGACAGGAUGGACUGGCACUGCUGCCAUGCCACAUGGGAGAAUGCGGGGACAGGAUGGACUGGCACUGCUGCCAUGCCACAUGGGAGAAUGCGGGGACAGGAUGGACUGGCACUGCUGCCAUGCCACAUGGGAGAAUGCGGGGACAGGAUGGACUGGCACUGCUGCCAUGCCACAUGGGAGAAUGCGGGGACAGGAUGGACUGGCACUGCUGCCAUGCCACAUGGGAGAAUGCGGGGACAGGAUGGACUGGCACUGCUGCCAUGCCACAUGGGAGAAUGCGGGGACAGGAUGGACUGGCACUGCUGCCAUGCCACAUGGGAGAAUGCGGGGACAGGAUGGACUGGCACUGCUGCCAUGCCACAUGGGAGAAUGCGGGGACAGGAUGGACUGGCACUGCUGCCAUGCCACAUGGGAGAAUGCGGGGACAGGAUGGACUGGCACUGCUGCCAUGCCACAUGGGAGAAUGCGGGGACAGGAUGGACUGGCACUGCUGCCAUGCCAUACCAUGCCAUGCCAUACCAUGCCAUGCCAUACCAUGCCAUGCCAUGCCAUACCAUGCCAUGCCAUGCCAUGCCUCGCUCCUCACCAUGCAGUGUGCUCGGCAGGACACAAGCGACAUGUGGCACGCGUGCCAUUCCUCUUCCAGGAAGAGUGUGAAGGACGCAAACGAGUGGGCGAUCUGCGGAUGGGCAAAGGGAGUGGAGAACAGGAGGUGGGAGGAGCCUCUCCUUAUCGCAUCCCUGCAGCGACAUGUGGCACGCGUGCCAUUCCUCUUCCCGCCAGGAGUCGUAAAGGGAAUUGA